AUGGCAGUGUCACUUGCCUUGUUGAGGGUCACAGGAUGGACAUCUGCAAGAAGAGUUACCUAAUUGCUCUCUUCCUUUUCCUGUUUCAUUCAGAGGCAGCCUGCCACCCCACAGGAAAGAGACUCUACAUGAUGCAGGCCUUCAGAAUCUGGGAUAUCAACCAGAAGACAUUCUACCUGAGGAAUAACCAACUAGUCGCUGGAUACUUACAAGGUUCCAAUACUGAAUUGGAAGAGAAGAUAGAUGUGGUACCUAUUGAGCCUCAUAUUGUGUUCCUGGGGAUCCACGAGGGGAAGCUGUGCCUGUCUUGUGUCAAGUCUGGUGAUGAGAUCAGGCUCCAGUUGGAGCCUGUUGACAUCACUGACCUGAGCAAGAACAAGGAGCAGGACAAGCGCUUCUCCUUCAUCCGCUCAGACAAUGGCCCCACCAUCAGCUUUGAGUCAGCGGCCUGUCCGGGCUGGUAUCUCUGCACUGCGCUGGAGGCCGACCGACCCGUCAGCCUCACCAACACACCUGAUGAGGCCAUCAAAGUCACCAAGUUCUACUUCCAGCAGGACUAACAGUACUACCUGCUCCCCUCUCCCACUCCAGCCCACUCAUGACUCCUGUUCGGGGUCUUCUUCUCUCUCACAAGCUCUGAGGAACAGCCUUGGUGAGGUGGAGCUACCAAAGGAGGGACAAGAACCCUGGAAACAUGUCUCUUUCUCCCGCAUCCUCAGCUAACCAUAGACUGCCUCCCAAGCAUAGACUCAAUCUGGUGGCAGCUCAAAACCUUGAAGGCCUGUGCCUUCAGGGUGAAACCCAGGCCACAGGCCAAUUCGGUUGCCUAGGUUCUCCUGCACCUUGCUCUAGUGUCCACACCCCAGACCUCAACGUCACUCAUCACUCUACCACUGUAUCUUGUUUACCUACUUUACCUAGUUUUGCAAAUUGAUGCUGCUCCAUGAGGAAAGAUUUUUAGGGUCUUUAGAAAAAUGGGAAAUGAGAGUUUCAUGGAAAUUUUUGAAGUUAAGCCAACUUCAGUCCAUGCAAAAGUGAGGCCUUCGUUCGGAAAGUAUGUUCUCUCUGAAGGGAGAUUGGAUAAGAAAACUUUCUUGUCUUACUUUUGAAAACAAGUCUCCCUUUUCAUUUUUCUGUCUUACUUUUGUCAUGCUUGUGAAAAUGAAAAAGGUGUCCUCUGUUGGUGCCUGUAUGUUCUGUUUUCUGCACACCUGAUCCCACUGCCCUGAUCUAGUUCACCAUGUCCACUCAGCUGGUCAGCUUCCUGUACUGACCCUCUACAGUCACCCCCCAUCCCUUCAAGGCUGCUCCAGCUCCCACCCAGAGCACAGUGUAGCUCUGGGCCCUUUGUUCCCUCAUGGCCCAGGAGAGAUGCUCUGCUCCUUGAACUUGUUGGCGCUGGUGACACUUUAUAAGUUGCAUGGAUGAUGGCAAUGCCUCUGUCUUCUCUGCACAAGAUGGCAAGAUCCUGAGAGCAGGAGGCUGAGAGCCCCCACGAGGCCUGGUGCCUGGCAGGCGCUCAGUGAAUGUCCAUUGUCUAUGUAAGUGAAAUCCACAGGAUUUCAACUCUGUUUUACAAUAAAACCUUGAACAUUUGUCCGCUUUUCUGGUUGUGCCCAUAGCCUGGGGGCUGGGGUCUUAGAGUACGAGGAAAUGGACAGAACUUUUUCAGCCUAGGCCCAGGCCCAUUGCCUCUGGACAAGUCCCUCUCUUCCUCAGGCUUCACGCUCCCUGUCUCACUCUUCCCCUGCUGGGAAGGUACAUGGCCUUAUCCACACCAUGCUCCAUCAUCCACGAUAGCACCCAACCAGAAACAACCCAAAUGCCCAUCAUGGGAAUGAAUACAUAAAUCAUUUUUGAUCUCAGAGCAAAAACAGCAAAUAAAAUGGAUGAACCACAGCCGACUGAGCUCAACGAGAUGGAUGAAUCUUACAUUCAUGAUGCACAGCACUCCAAGUGUGAUGC